AUGAGCAAUGAGCGUGAUAGCUCAAUCUGUGCUUACUAAUUUGUAGUUAUGUACCCGCCACCCGGUGUCUCAGUUAAGUCACUAAAGUUGACAAAAUGUAAAAAAGACUAAAGAAUAAAAGUAUUAAAAAUUAUUUUGAAAUAUUGACUUUCCCCUGUUUUAAUUUUUAUGUAUGUGUAGUGUAAUUUGUUAUUUUAACAAUUGUAUAAAAACAGUAAAAAUCUUUUAUAUAAGCCUUUUCUUAAAAGUAUAAUAACUAUGUUGUUAAUGAAAUCGUUCCGAACAUGUCACUUGUGUCAUUGCUUUAAAAUGAUCGCAUCUAAAAAUAUGUCAGUUGCAGUAGAUGGAUCAAAUGUCGUACCUGAACACUUAAGUAAUUUGGCUAAACAAUUAAAUGUAAAAAGUCCAGUGUUAUCCAAAGUUAUAAACAGCCAUCAAGAAAAAUUAAAAUUUUACCCUGAAUCAAGAUGGCUAGUACUGUUUGAAUAUUUAACUCAGUAUGAUUUUAAACCAUCUGAGCUUCUAGAAAUGAUAGAUUCAAAUCCAGACAUAUUAGGUAUAAAUAGACAAGACUUACAAAAAUGUAUGAUUGCAUGGACUAAUUUUAGCUUUGAUGACAACAAAUUGAGACAGCUAAUAGUUUCACAGCCUUCUUGCUUGUUGCUAGAUGAUAAAGAAAUUCUAUCCAGAAUCCCUAAACUUUUAUCAUAUGUUGGUAAUAAGCAAAAUCGGUUAUUAGAAUUGAUAUCAUAUUCACCAAAUAUUUUGUUUGACAAUUGGAAGUAUAUAGAGUCUAAAUUAGAUUAUAUAUUAUUGAAUAUGGAACUUGGUCCGACUCAAUUUGUAACGACUAGUGUUAUGUCCUCAACACUUUUUGAUUUAAAGUGUAGACAUACUUUUUUGAUAAAACUAGGAAUGUACAAACCCCGAGAUCCAAAGGCUAAUCCAAAUCAAAUAACUGGUAAUCCUUCAUUAAAAAAAAUCAUUGAAACAAGUGAUAAGCAGUUUGCUGUUAAAGUUGCUGGAGUUACCGCUGAAGAAUUCUUUGUUUUUAAAAAAAUAUUUAAAAAACAAUUAGAUGAAGAAAAUGAAGAAGAUUCAGAUGAACCUGAUUAUUACAGUGAUGAUAAUUGAUUUUUAUACAAUAUGUAUAGUUUGUAGUAGAUGAUAAUGCGCAUUAAUACACUAGGAUAAACAUCUAUUGUAAAAAAUCAUGUUAAAUUAAACUUAAAAAAAUGUUAUAUUAAAUGUUAAAAUCGUUUUUUUUUUUUAUUCAAUCAGCUUAAUAUAUGCCAAUAAAAAGUUGUAUUAAUUUUUCCUUUAUUUGGAAAUGAAUUAUUUAGAGGAAUAUAAACAAUUUCAAAUA